GAUAAGUUGGGUGGUGGCCAGGGUUGCACGGCCGGGAUGUGACCUGAAGCACAACGGCUUGUGUUCCCCUCCAUCAUGAUUCAACCGCGCGCCAUCUCCCUCUCCCCGGCGGAGAAACUUGACUUUGUGCCUGCCCUGGCCUCGAUUGUCCUGACCAUUCUCUGGGCCACUCUCACCUCCCUUUGGCGCUCCACCGCCUAUCCCAAGACUUUGGUGCUGCACAUUGGCUAUGCGGCGUUCCGCAAGGCCACCGUGCGCCUGUCCGUGGCGCAGAUGCAAUAUGCUCUCCCCACGACCGACAAGAACUACGAACGUUACGUGCGGAAGCACAAGCUCCCCUGCAAGACCGUUGACCUUGGCGAUGGUGCCUUGGGCCAUUGGAUCGGCGACCAAACGGCCGACAACGUCCUGAUCUGGUACCACGGCGGUGGCUUUGCCCUUCCUGCCAAUGUAGGGUACUUCAAGUUCUUCACCAAGCUGAUUGCCUCCAUGGCGGCGUCCAACAAAUCUCUGGCCGUCUUCACCCUCACCUACACCCUCGCUCCCCAAGCCACCUAUCCCACGCAGCUUCGCCAGGCCGUAUCCGCUCUGCGCUACGUCCUCGACAAGACCAACCACAGUCCAUCACACAUCGCGCUAGGUGGUGACUCCGCGGGGGGGAAUCUCGUCGGCGGAGUGCUUUCUCAUCUGGCGCAUCCGCACCCGGAGAUCGCUCCCAUCACACUGUCGGGGAACCUCCUCGGGGCGAUGAUGAUCGCACCCUGGACGAGCAUGGAAACCGACUACACAGACCAGGUCAUUGACUCGCGCGGCGAUCUGAUCACUCCAGGGGUGGCGGGGCCAUGGGCGAAAGCUUAUCUGGGUACGGCGCGGCGCGACUAUUACACGGACCUGUCGACGGCGCCGACGGACUGGUUUACCACGUUUCCGGUGGAGCGGGUGUUGGUGUGUGGUGGGGGAAGCGAGAUCUUGUUGCCUGUCAUUCGUGGCUUUGUGGACAAGUUCUCGGCCGGGUUUGGGCGGGUGGAGCUGUGUGUGGGCGAGGGUGAGGGCCAUGUGGCCCCCAUCUAUAAUAUGUAUAUCGGGGAUCGGGAUGAGACGGUGCAGGGCAAGCGAGUGGUUAGUUGGUUGCGGGAGGUGCUGUAGCUGUAUGAGAUACGUGUGUAUAUUGACUAGUGUAUUGGUGUAUGUAAUGUAUAUGAUUUAGCUGUUCAAGUACAAAGUGUGCAAUUAUGCAAAAGCA